AACCUUCUUUGGACAACGCAGAAGGGGGAAGCUGCUGCAACGGCUGGCCAAACUGCAGCGCCUCCAGCCGAAAAGCCCAAGCCCAAGAACACCAUGGUCCAGCCAACAAGCGCGCCGUCCGCACCAGCGCUCACUCCUCAGUUUUGCUUUUCGACAGCAGCCCUACGAGACUUCCUACGAGUGUCCCGCUCCGCCAUCGACGACACCAUAACCCAAAACCUCAACGCCCUCGUCACUCCCUCCCGCGCUGGCUUCGACCCGUCCUCCACCACCCAGCGCAGCCCCCAGCCCUUAUCCCGGCAAAUCGACCCUGCCGCCUCCCAGGAAUUCAAAGACCAAGUGUUGUUCCCCUCGUGGCAAGCGCGGUCGCAGGUGCUGAGUUACUGCGCGCUGGUGGCCACCUCGCCGGACCCGGACGACCCGGAGGCGGCGAUCCGGGAGGCCGAGAAGCAGAAGGAUCGGGAGAGGGUGGUGAAUGAACGGCUGGACCCCUACUCGGCGAGGUUUUUCCCGCGAGAGCCGAGGACGGAACAGCUGGCGAGCGUGAUCAGGAUGGAGCAGGGCGUGGAGAAUAUUGUGAGGACGAGGACGUGGGGGAUUGUGGGGGAGAGGUGUGGGAGUGAUGGGAAGACGUGGGAGCAGGCUUUGGGAGAGUGGAGGAAGGAUAAGCAUUUGCCGUUGGCGUGAUGAUGAUUUCUUUUGUGCUGAUGACGCUGGGUGAUGUGGUCGCUUAUGAAGAGAAGAAGGUAAGGGAAGGAAGUGGUGUAAGUGGAAAAGUGUCUGAUAAGCAUUGGGUAUGGCGUAUUUGAAUGUGUGACCAUAUGAAUAGUUGUAAUUGUAGGGCAGUGGGAUCUUCUGUCAAUAUAUCUGAAGAAAGAAGCGAUGAUAUCUACACC